AUGAGCAGAAGCCCCUUUGAAAGUGAAAUUAAUGAAACGAACGAUUCAAAAUUUCCCAGCAAUGCACAAAAUUCAAUGAACACUAAGAAUUAUUUUAAUUUCGAUCCUAAUGCAUUUAAUAAAAAUGACAUGAUGAAUUAUUUUAAUGACUUUCUUCAUAAUACGAAGCACCCCUAUAUAUGUAUCGCACAUGUUUCUUUUAAAAUCCUUUCAGUAUUACUCUAUUUUAUAGGGCCUUACAUAUUUAGAAGUGAAAAAUCAAAAGAAAAUGAUUUUAUUAUAACAUUUGCAAUUACUCUUUUUUUGGUUUCGUUAGAUUUCUAUUUGGUUAAGAAUAUAACUGGGAGAUUUUUAGUGAAAAUGAUUUGGUGGAUAGAUUCUAACGAAGACUAUUCAAACAAAAUUGUUUUUCAAACAUCUGAAGAAAGCUUAUUAAAUAGUGUAAAUAAAAAGGUAUUUUGGUAUGCACUGUAUAUAAACUUUUCCAUAUGGUUAAUGCAGGCUAUCCAAAUGUUAAUGUCAUUUCAAAUUUGUUGGUUCAUGUUAUGUUUUUUAUGUGUAUUUUUGUCAUUUUGUAAUUUGUAUAAUUUCUGGAAAUGUUCUAAAGAGCAACACAAAAUUGUUGGAAAUGUUUUAAACAAUAUAAAUUUAAAUCUUAUAUAUAAAAAAUUGUUUAGCACUUAG